AUGGCGCACAACAUUCAGGUGGUCAGAGAGACCAUCUCUUGUUCCAUCUGUCUGGACCUCUUGAAUGAGCCGGUGACAAUUUCCUGCGGUCACAGCUACUGCAUGAGCUGUAUUGAGACCCACUGGGAUGAGAAGGGAGUCUACAGCUGCCCUCAGUGCAACAAGACCUGUACAUCGAGGCCUGUACUGGUGAAGAGCACCAUGUUAGCAGAUUUAGUGGAGGGACUGAGAAGGUCUGGACUCAAAGCUGCUCCUGCUGAUAACUGCUACGCUGGACCAGAAGACGUGGCCUGUGAUGUCUGCACUGGGAGGAAACGCAAAGCUUGCAAGUCCUGUAUGCAGUGUCUGGUCUCUUACUGCGAGAUGGACCUUCAUCAUUAUCACAAAUCUCCUGCCUUUAAGAAACACAAGCUGAUGGAGCCCUCGAAGGAUCUCCAAGAGAAGAUUGGGUGCCACAUGAAUCAGCAGUCUGCCUGUCUCUGCUCUGAGGAGGAGCACAAAGACCAUGACACUGCUGCAGCAGAAAGGACUGAGAGGCAGAGAGAGCUCGAGGUGAGUCUACAGAACAUCCAGCAGAGGAUUCAGGACAGAGAGAGAGAUGUGAAGCUGCUUCAACAGGAGGUGGAGGCUAUCAACGGCUCCGCUGAUAAAGCAGUGGAGCACAGUGAAAAGAUGUUCACUGAGCUGAUCCGUCUCAUGGAGAAAAGACGCUCUGAUGUGAAGCAGCAGGUCAGAUCCCAGCAGGAAACUGAAGUGAGUCGAGUCAAAGAGCUUCAGGAGAAGCUGGAGCAGGAGAUCACUGAGCUGAAGAGGAGAGAUGCUGAGCUGCAGAAGCUGUCACACACAGAGGACCACAAAAAGUUUCUACAGGACUACCCCUCACAGUCAGCGCUCAGUGAAUCUACACACUCAUCAGGCAUCAAGACCCGUCCUCUGAGGUACUUUGAGGAUGUGACAGUGACUGUUUCAGAAGUCAGAGAUAAUCUACAGGAUGUCCUGAGAGAGAAAUGGACAAACAUCUCCCAGACAGUGACUGAAGUGGAUGUUUUACUGUCACACCUGGAGCCCAAGACCAGAGCGGAGUUCUUACAGUAUGCAUGUGACAUCACACUGGAUCAAAACACAGCAAACAAACAGAUGUUGUUAUCUAAAGGGAACAGAAAAGUAACAUUGGUGAUCAAGAGACAGCCUUACCCCAAUCACCCAGACCGGUUUAGUCACUGGCGUCAGGUCCUGAGUGGAGAGAGUCUGACCGGACGGUGUUACUGGGAGGUGGAGUGGAAAAGAGAAGGCAUUUAUGUAGAAGUUGCGUACAAGAGUAUCUGCAGGAAAGCGAAAGUAGAUGAGUGCUGUUUUGGAUACAAUCUGAAAUCUUGGGCGUUGGAAUGUUUCAACAAGAAGUAUGAAGUAUGGCACGGCAUCGUCAACAUCCCCGUCUCAGGUCCAUGGUCCAACAGAGUAGGAGUGUACCUGGAUCACAGUGCAGGUGUUCUGUCUUUCUACAGCGUCUCUGAGACCAUGACUCUCCUCCACAGAGUCCAGACCACGUUCACUGAGCCUCUAUAUGCUGGACUUUGGCUGCGGUACCCCUCUGCUAGACUCAUGGCUGAGAUCUGUAAGCUAACUUAG